CAUAAACCUCAAGAAGUGAUAUAAAACAUUAUCCCAAUUAAAAGACCCAGCCCGUUUUUUUGGUUCUGUUUGACUUCUUUUAUUUGUUAGGAGAGCAAGACUAUGGGAAGUGUACAGUUGAGUGGUUCAGGCUUAGUAGCUUCUCUAUCUCCAACUCAUAUCUUUAGCCACAAAACCAAACUUAGUAACCCAAAGUCAUCCUUUUUACGCUCAAAAGACAAUGCCCCCAGAACCAAAACCAUCAGAGCCAUAAGCACCGCACCAACGAGCCAGCCUCCCGUCGCAGCUGAGCCUGAUGACGAACCUCCUGCUGUCGAUUUUGCGUUCGUCCAUUCGGUGUUGUUACCGGACGGGACACCGGAUGUGCAUUGGAGAAGAGCGUGCGGUGGACAGAAACUUAGAGACAUAAUGUUGGACACUAACAUCGAACUCUAUGGUCCUUACAGUAAGCCCUUGUCAAACUGCGCAGGAGUAGGAACUUGCGCCACUUGCAUGGUCGAGAUUGUAAAUGGAAAGGAGCUUCUAAAUCCACGAACUGACAUUGAGAAGGAGAAACUCAAAAGAAAACCAAAAAACUGGAGACUAGCUUGUCAAACCAACGUGGGAAACCCAGACUCAACGGGAUUGGUUGUCAUCCAACAGUUGCCAGAGUGGAAAGCUCAUGAAUGGAACAUCCCUAGGAAUCUGCCUAUUGAUGAUCCCGAAACUUCUACAUGAAACGAUUAAUUUGUUUAUUUGUUAUACUAUAUAUAUCAUGAAAAUGUAACAAACGAUUUUUUAUAUAUGUUGAUAACUAGCCAUACAACUACCUAGUAUUAUUAAUAUAGAAUGAUUCAUUA